AUGUUAAUUAAGCAUAGCGGUGACAGUUAUGAGGGUGAUUGGGAAAGGGGAAUUAGGAAUGGUUAUGGUAUUGAAAGAUUUACAAACGGAACUGUUUAUAUGGGAAAUUUUGUAAAUGGCAUUCGGUACGGCUAUGGAGAAAUACAAAUGAAGGACAAAUCUAUUUAUGAAGGCACUUUUGAUGAUGGAAUCACUGGACAUGGGAGGAUUGUCUGGCCUAAUGGUGAAGAAUAUGUUGGGGAUGUGUUGGAUGGGUAUAAGCAUGGUUACGGUACUACGGUUUAUAAUGGUAAAAAAGUCAAUGGAUAUUAUCAAAACGGGCACCGCAUUGUAUGA